GCACUUCACGCUUUUGCAAUUGGCCCUAUCCGGACACCAUACUAAUCUAACAAGAAAGUAAUUUACAAUAUACUGGUUCAGGUUCUCGUUUUCAAAAAACCUUUCGGAAAUAUAUAAGUAGUGAAGAACCCCGCAGAAGGAGGUGUGUGGAAAUGCAGGAUUUUGAUUGGUUGUGAUAUCUGUUAGGUUUCGUCCGAGUUACGACCCUUGUUGUUUACAUUAUUUAACGGAGUAUGGCGGCACUUCUACGAACAGCACUGUAUCGAAAUGUUUUAACUGUACGGAUUCCAGAGACAAAGUAUGUCCACGGACACUUCAGCCAGUUCGGAAGAACCAAAUUCACCUCAGCCCAGAGUCUGAAUGAUGAAUCUGUGACGGUCGAUGAUGACAGUGCAGUGAAACAUGUCCCCGCGGACUCGCAGCUGCCCGCUCUCGAUUUGUCAUUCAACAGCUCCAAAGAAGCAUACAGGAGCAAAUCAACGGCUGAAAUAGCAAGGGCACUGUUUGUAUUCAACAUGUGUUCGAUACCCUUUCUUGUCAACCAUAACAAAACGGUUUUAAAAUGGAGCAGACGAUUGCUUGGAAAGCGGUUAUUUUGUCAGAUUAUGAAAGCUUCGUUUUAUGGUCAGUUUGUGGCCGGAGAGGACCAGGUAGCCAUCCGUCCAUUGGUUAAUAAUAAUCGCAAGUAUGGUGUCAAGUCAAUCCUGGACUACAGUGUGGAGGAGGAUAUUUCAUCCAAAGAUGCCAAGGAAGCAGAAAUGAAGAGCUGUGUUCCCCCUGAUUUUGAGCCGCUUCGUGCAGAGGAAGCCAGUGACACAUCCCCAGAUGUUCAGCGGUUUGUGCCCCACGAGGAGUUUGGUGACAGACGUGAGGGGGUUUUCAGUGCUAGGACCUACUUCUAUGAAGAUGAGACCAAAUGCGAUGAAAACUUAAAGACUUUCAAGGAGUGCAUUGAUGCUGUGGCAGGUGCAGUAACCGAUGGCACAGGAUUUAUAGCUAUAAAGAUGACAGCUCUAGGCAGACCACAAUUUCUAUUACAACUCUCAGACGUGAUUACAUCGUGGAGGAACUUUUUUGAGAAAUUUGCCGGUGACAAGACUAAGUUUUCUGAGGAGGACUUUAAGACGACCUUGAAGGAUAUCGGCGUCCAGGUAACCCGUGACGACAGGAAGCGGUGGUUUGCUCUGCUGGACGUUACAUGUGAUGGAGAGAUUGACCUCUUGGAUUGGGACAAUUUACUGGACAUAAAUACACAGAUGGGGAAGCACUUGGUGAUUCCCAAUGUCAAGGGUAGUUUAUCGAAAACGAACACUGGGGAAAUCCAGCCAUUAGUUGUCUCCCUUCAGAAGGAAGAGGAAGAGCAGCUUAAUCAGAUGUUGCUGAGAUUAAACGAAAUAGCACAGUAUGCCAUUAAAAAGGAUGUUCGCGUAAUGGUAGAUGCUGAGCAGACAUAUUUUCAGCCAGCCAUUAGUCGAUUAACGAUUGAGAUGAUGAGAAAAUUCAACAAAGAGAAGGCUGUCAUAUUUAAUACAUACCAGUGUUAUCUAAAGAAAGCUUAUGCCUCUGUGAAGCUGGAUUUGGAUCUGUCAAAACGUGAAGAUUUCUAUUUUGGUGCAAAAAUUGUAAGGGGGGCCUAUAUGGAACAAGAAAGGGAGCGGGCAGUGACUAUUGGCUACGAGGAUCCGAUCCAGCCCACGUUCGGCGCCACAUCACUCAGCUACCACAGUGUAAUGGAGGAAAUCAUGAAUCAAAUUAACCAGAGAUCGAGAGGGAAAAUAGCCGUGAUGGUGGCAAGUCACAACGAGGACACAGUCAAAUUUACGGUGGAAAAGAUGAAGGAAAAUAAUAUAGGACCACAUGACAGACUGAUUUGUUUUGGUCAACUCCUGGGCAUGUGUGACCACAUCAGCUUUCCUCUAGGUCAGGCAGAGUACUCAGUGUAUAAAUACGUUCCAUACGGCCCGGUGGAGGAGGUCCUUCCGUAUCUCUCCAGGAGGGCCAUGGAAAACCGUGGAGUCCUGAAGAAGGUCAAAAAAGAGAAAAGACUGCUCUGGAAGGAGUUACUACGGCGAGUGAAGAAUGGAGAACUGCGUUAUAACCCGACCAAAGCUUCCGCCUGAAGUUAUCAGUCAAAGGGAACACAACCUAGAGUCCAUCACUGUCAGUUUACAUCUAAAAAUUCACCAACAGUUGUGCUAGAUUAAGAGAAACAUUACAUGAAUCUUUAAUGGCAUAGAAAGCAUCGAGAUUUAGAUCUGUAAUGGCUGUACCUAUUUAUUUAUUUCUUCCAUCCUCAUUCCUUCCAUUCUACGAGCUGAGAAUCGUUGAUACUGUAUAUGUCAUGGGUCAAGGUCAACAUACAACUCAACACAACAGGUGUCAACACUAGGGGCCGAGGGUGAAGCUCGGUAUGUCUCUCAGAGUUUGAGAUUGUUAUAUACAUAUCGACCGAGGACAAUGAAUUUUAUAGGCAUGUUCAAGGCUGACAUUAAUUGACAAAUACGUCUUCAUACCGGUAAUUGUGUAUUGGCAGUGUAGUGAAGAUUGUUAUGUUUCACAAGUGUAGGAAAUGUGUGAUGGAAAUGUAAAGACAUCACAUCCAAAAACCUUCAAACUAACCUUAUUUAAAGGCAAAAAUUGUGACAUUUGUUAUUACAUUGUGUUAGAGGAGAAUGACUUGAAAUCUUCCCCGUACAUUUGUUAUUAGUCAGGAGAAUGACUUGAAAUCUUCCCCGUACAUUUGUUAUUAGUCAGGAGAAUGACUUGAAAUCUUCCCCGUACAUUUGUUAUUACACAGGAGAAUGACUUGAAAUCUUUCCGGUAUAAUCUACUGUCUUAUGAAAUUUUACUGGUAAUACUUUCUGAUUUUCAGCGAGUUUGUGGGUCAUUCUAAUGUAUAAUUGCGAGUGUCAAACUGGUAUAGUCAGUCAUCGUGGACUGAAUUCAAGUUACAUUUGCUACACUAUCCUGUCAAAGAAUUAUUUUUGUGACAGGCUUUUGUAUAAUUUUGUUAAUUAUUAUAUCUUUUUGUUGACAUUGUUAUAAAACAGAUAGAUUCUGUGUUGUUUGGUCUGCUUAGCAGACACCCAUUCCAUGCAUCUGUUUAUUCUUAGCAAGCUGUUAGACAAUCUAUUGAUAGAUAGUCUUUUUUCACAAUACAGUCUACUCCACUUAUAUUGAAUAUAUCUGUUAAGUUGAACUAUCUGUUGUAUUGAAGUGAAAAUAAAUCCCCAGUAAAAUUACUGAUAUAGUUCAACAUUUGUUAUAUUGAAUUGGAUAUAAUGAACAAUGCCGGUCAGUCCCCUGAAUUUCAAUAUAUCCGGAGUAGACUGUAAUGUACAAUUCAGGUUGGUCCCCUGAAUUUCAGUAUACCUGGAAUUGACUGCAUUAGGAAUAUGGAAAUGGUUAGAACUGUUUUUGUGUUCGAUUUUAUUUUUUUAAAUGCUGCUUUUUUUCUUGUUCUGCACACGAUAGGAAUACCGGUUGGUUUUUAAUUAAAGUGGACCUUUGAAUAUCUUUAUGCCCCUGUAAUCUGAGAUUCGGGAACAUAUAGUGUUUGGCCUGUCUGUCUGUCUGUUUGCAAAACCUUUAACUUGGGCUGUAACUUUUGAAUGAUUGGUGAUAGUGCUUUCAUAUUUUGCAUAUGUAUUCCUUGUGACAAGACCUUUCUUUUGGUACUAAAAUUUUGACCUCAUGUCCUUAACCUUGGAGUUUAUAGCCAUAGAGGCAUCAGCGUUUCACAAUCACAUCUUGUUUUAAUUUAUAUUACAUUCAGUUCUGUCAUUUUUAUGAGGAUGAGAUUUUCUUCUGCUAUAGACACAGGAAAUUAUAUCGCUUGGGUUCAAGUCUACUAUACGCUUUCAUAGUAAAUUCGAACCCAAGGGAUAUAAAUGCCUGUGGCUCUGGGCGCCUUGCACGAUUUAGAUCAGUUAAUUGAACGGAAAACAGGUAAUUGUUCUAGAUAGCAUUUUGAUCUAGGGUGCUUCACCAGACUCAAUGUUGAUCAAAGUGAAUUGUAGAAUGAUUUGCAUAUUGUUCAUGAAAAGUGGGGGGAAAAAAUUCAGACAAAAUUAUACUUUUUAAGUACUGUGCUCUAGAUAAUAUGAAAACCAGCACUACAUAUUAAUGAAGUAUAAUUACCAGCCUUUAAUGACAGAAUCCAGAACAACCUUAUCUUACUUAAUCUACAUUGACCUUGGUUAAUCCAAAUUAACUUUGUAGUUGUUCAGUUGAUUUGUUCAUUCAUUAAUUUGCUGUGUACAUGGUCUGUGAACUGUUUAUUAUUUUUGUUUAUAUAUAUUUUUUUUAGGUUUGUUUAUAUUGGUUUUUAUUGUUCAAAUUUUAUUUUACAUUCAUUAUUUUUAGCAUCACGUUCUCACUGAUGUGUUCCAGGGGACAGUGUACCAGAAUCUCAUCUACAUGCGUUCUUAUUUAAUAAUCGUACAAUAGUGAUAUAAUGCUCAUUAUUGAAUUGUUUUGUUAUUAAACAAUGAAGGUUCUAA